AUGCCGUCAAAGCGUAAACGCGACAUUCUCGAGGGAUUCGACCCCAAUAAGUCGGAUCCAGAAGACGAAAACUUCAACCCCAGCGAAGAUCGACCGCGGCGAAGCAUCAAGAAGUCACGGUCCUCGAGACCCAAGGGAUCGCGCAAGCGAUCCAACCGAUAUAGAGGCUCAGACAUCGAAGACGAUGAAGAGCUUUCCGACAGCGAGCAAGAAGACUCGUUUGGGGAAGAUGAAAACGAGGACGAUGAAGACGAAGAUUUGCCUGUUAAUGCGACUGGUCGGCGAAUGAGAAAGGCUGCUGCCAAACAACAAUCCUACAAAGAAAGCACUGACGACGAAGAAGACAGUGUGAUCAAAGACUCGGAUGAAGGGGAGGAGGAUCUCGAAGAGGUGCCAAAACCACAAGGCCGUCCAUCAAGAAUUGUGGUUCUCAAGACGAACCCAAGAGCGCAGAGAGCCUCCAAGCGCGGCAGGGAGGAUGCCCACCCUCCCCCAACGCGGCACACGAGAGCCCGCACUCAAGAAGCGGAAGAGCUUGUGGAGCUGUCGAAUUCAGGAAGGCACGCACAGCCUGCCCGCGCAUCCCGAAGUAAGAGCCCAGAAGCGCUAGCCCGGGUAACUCGUGUCACCCGUGCAGGAAAGGGUCUCAAGAAACUGCCUGAUCCUAUUGAGGAGGCAACACAGGAAAGCGAUCCGAAGGACGAGCCUGACCAGGCUAUGGAUGAACGAGAUGAACUCGCUCUUACUAAGCGUGAGGACGAGCCGGAAAAUGGCAGUGGCCAAGACGAUGCUGCUUCGGCAGGGGAGAGAGCUGAUGACGCCGCCAUGGAGGAGGACCAGCAUGAAGAGCCUCCUCAGGCCGCAGACGUGCCAAUCAACGAGGCGGACAAUGAUGAUGAUGACGACGAUGAUGCGCCAAUUACCAGACGGACCCGGGGCAGUAGGAAUAGCCAGGCUGCAGCGGCUGCAGUAGAGGCUGAGACCGAUAAUACACCAGGACGGCGUCGUCUGACGCGGAGAUCACGCCUCAGAAGCAGAAAGAGCUUGCAAGAACCGAGCAGCGACUUUGAGCCUGGCGAGGAAUCCGGUGAAGGUGAAGCCUUUGGCUCGGACGCCUCCAAGAACAACGGCGAAAACGAGGAUGUUGAAUCCACCCCGACACCUCGCGGGCGUGGUUCCCGUGCUCAGAGCAGAAGAAGCCGGCGGAACCGGCGCAACCGGCAAGACUCUGGGGACGAAGAAGUUGAGCUCGACAAGGAUGAAAUGGCGGAAGAGCUCGAGGAACUGCGAGAGAGCUCCAGGUCGCGACCGCGUCGCACUCGCCGGCGAUCGCCGUCGAUCCAGUAUGAGGAGCCUGCCUCUAAGAAACGGCGCACAAAGCCAGUCAACUACAGCAUCCCCGCCAUUGACGCUGCAGUGCUCGAAAUCGAGGAAGACGAUGACGAGCCGGCUGCGACCCCUGCAAGGAAUCGCAGAGGCGGCAAGGGUGCUAGCAGUCAGGUUUGGGAGCGCAAUUUCAACAGCACCUACGGUCCGUUCGGCGGCGGCGGCGGGCCCGGGUCGCUGCUUGGCGGGCCCUGGGGCACUGGGGCAACAGGCGGCGUCGACUCUGACAGCAGUGAUGACGAGAUGGUUCAGCGGUCUGGCAUUGGUGGCGCUGUUGGCAUGACACCGACCUCAGCGGCACCGCCAGUUGGCCUGUUUAACCCCGUAGGCCAAACUCACAAUGCCGACGGUAUUGGAGGUCUGGCGGGGGCCACGCCCCAGGUCGGCAAGAUCAAGAACCAGAAGGCCUUUGCUGACGCUGACCCUCUUGGGGUGGACAUGAGCGUCGACUUUAGCAAGGUCGGUGGCUUGCAGGGCCAUAUCGACCAACUCAAGGAGAUGGUCCAGCUCCCCCUUUUAUAUCCCGAGCUGUUUAUGAAAUUCCACGUCACGCCUCCUCGAGGCGUCCUCUUCCAUGGCCCUCCUGGAACGGGUAAAACACUGCUUGCCAGAGCCUUGGCCAAUUCGGUUGGCUCUGGCGGCCGCAAGAUCAGCUUUUACAUGCGCAAGGGAGCUGAUGCUUUGAGCAAGUGGGUUGGUGAGGCCGAGAAGCAGCUGCGGUUGCUAUUCGAGGAGGCACGGAGAACACAACCCAGCAUCAUUUUCUUUGACGAGAUUGACGGUCUUGCGCCUGUGCGAUCAAGCAAGCAGGAACAGAUUCACGCUAGCAUCGUCUCCACGCUGCUAGCUUUGAUGGACGGCAUGGACGGCCGUGGCCAGGUAAUUGUGAUUGGAGCGACGAACCGGCCAGACAACAUUGACCCUGCGCUCCGCCGGCCGGGGCGUUUUGACAGAGAGUUUUACUUUCCGUUGCCCGAUCUGGAGGCUCGUCGUUCUAUCAUUGACAUCCACACCAAGGAUUGGGGGAUCUCCGAUAAGUUCAAGAAUGCUCUUGCGGAGAAUACCAAGGGUUAUGGCGGCGCCGAUUUGAGGGCCCUCUGCACGGAAGCUGCACUUAACGCUAUCCAGAGGACAUACCCGCAGAUCUACACCUCAAAGGAGAAGCUGCUGGUGGAUCCUGAUAAGAUCACGAUUCAUGCUUCAGACUUUAUGAUCUCGGUCAAGAAGAUGGUUCCUUCAUCUGAACGAGCAACCUCGUCAUCAGCCACCCCUCUUCCAAAGUCCGUUGAGCCCCUGCUUAGAAACCAGUUCAGGGCCAUUUUGAAGGUGUUGGAUAAUAUUCUACCGCGCCCCAAGAAGACCACCGCUCUCGAGGAAGCUAUGUACGAACCUUAUGAAGAUGCCGACCACGGAUUUGGUAGAGAGGCCAUGCACCAAGAGUUUGAACGAUCGCGCAUAUUCCGCCCUCGUCUUCUCAUUUGUGGCGUUCCUGGGAUGGGUCAGAAUUACCUGGCGUCGGCAAUUCUGCAUCAUUUGGAAGGAGUGCAUGUGCAACCGAUGGACCUGGCGACUCUGCUGGGCGAUGGACGGCCAUUGGAGCAGGUGAUUGUGAGUCGCUUCACCGAAGUAAAGCGGCAUAAACCUAGUGUCAUAUUCAUCCCGGGGGUCGACAUCUGGUGGAACAACAUCAGCGAAACCGCGAUCACGACAUUCACCACGAUGCUGAGGAGCAUACCCCCCUCCGAUCCGGUCCUACUUCUGGCAACGGCGGAGUGUACGCCCGAGCAGCUUUCUCCUGAGAUCCUCAAGGAACUUUUCGGCUUCUCCAAGCGAAAUAGAGCGGUUGUUGAGCGACCAGAGCGGGAAAACCGUCUUGAGUUCUUUGAGAACAUCAUCAGCCACUUGAGAAAGUCCCCAACCGAGUUCCCGGAUCCCGUGAACCGCAAGAAGCGCACGCUUGAGGACCUCCCAGUUGCGCCUCCGCCACCACCAAAGACUCUUACCAAGGAGGAGAUCAAAGCCCAACGGAAAGCAGAUCUCCACCACCUGAACUUGCUGAAGAUGCGUUUGCAACCGAUCAUGGAUCAGAUCCAGCGCAAGUACCGGAAGUUCAGGCAGCCGGUGAUCCCACUUCAGCAGAUAGCCUACCUCUUCGAUGAGUCCGACCCGAAUUUCGUUCGGCCCGAUGUCGGCCAAGGCGAGACCCGGCCUUUCGAGAUCGCAAAGGACAAGGAAGGGACGGAAGGAAUCCGAGAAGUAGCGACGGGCAAGUUCUUUUACAACUUGGAGACGACAACCAUUGAGGAGCGUCUAGCGAAUGGCUAUUAUGCCAGGCCUAUCGAUUUCUAUAAGGACAUCAACAGACUGUAUCUCGACGCUAAAAACAUCGGUGAUCGAGACCGGACGCUCAAAGCGAACGAGCUUCGGACCAACGUUGAGGUCGAUGUCCACGAGGUUGCACAAAUGCUCGCCAACCAAGGAAUCAGGUUUGAGGAGAUUUACCAGAGGCAGCUGCAAAGGGCGAGGGAGGCUGAAGAGAAGGCUCGCAAGAGGAAGGCGCUGCAGCCCGUCGUCGAUUUGAUCCAGUCCGACAUUCCGGGCGACGGCGAUAGCGACUCCCAAGGCCCGGUGGGAAUUGGGCUUCCGCUAACACGGGAUAUGCGUACGACAGUGGCUAGGUUCCAGCCAAUGAGCCCUCCGUCUAAUGGACAUCCCGAUACGACUGACUCGCACCCUUUGACAAAUGGGACGUCGGUGCCGUCCCGGCAUGGCGGUGAGGAUGUCCACAUGGGCGGACUUGACGACGAGACCCAGCCCAUGCCUGGACACCGUGCAGACAUGGUCUCGCCACUUCAAUGGCCGCUUCCACGGGGACGUCCUCCACUUGGAGACUCCAGUAGAGCAACCGCCGGGACGCACUUAUCGCAGCGCUCGGCGAUCACAUCGGUGCCCCCUGGGGUAUCCCCAUCUGCCAUCUUGAAUGAUGCAUCGACCACCAAGACAUCGGAGCUCUCGACCCACCGUGGCUCUGGUAACUGGAGCACGCAGCACACCAACGGCAUGGCAAACAACCCAGAAGAGCCGUCUCAGCUCAUCGACACGCAGGACCAGAAUGCCAAUCAAAGCAGUCAUUCGGGUCCGAGCCAGUCGAGCUCGAGCCAACGAGACUGGGCACACUCUCAGGCAGACGCCAUGGCCAAAGGUCUCCUUCCACCCAGGUUUGGAAUGGGCAGCAUGCCAGCGCCAGCACGCCGCAUCUCUGAAGAAAUCAGCCCAUCCUCGUCGCAGCGCCCGUCACAGCACAAGCCGGCCACGGCCCUGGAGAACAUUCUCAAUGCCGGGGAUAAUAGCGGCUCAAACAGCAGCAACAACAGCGGGCCUGGUGCUCCUACCCCAGGCUCUGGCGCUUCGAAGGCAGGAAGCGGCCACGGGGCCAGCGCUCACUCUCGCCCUAACUCCAACGCGAACGCGAAUUCGAACCCUAAUUCUCAGCAGCUAGCCUCGGUCCGCCAUUCUGGGUCGGCCACCUCCUCGCAGCAGCCCGUCAUCCACGAGGGCAAAGUAAACGAGUUCUGGCAAGGGCUGGCGGACCGCACGGCGGGCUGCAGCGUCGAGCAGCUAGAGCAGAUUUACCGCGAGCUAAUGGACGAGAUCUGGCGCACCCGCGACGAGUGGAACCGUAUGACGGUUCUCUCGCGGAUGAUCUCGGUGUUCAACGACACGAUAGGUGACAUUGAGCUUGUCCAGGGUAUGCUGGUUGAUAGCCAGGGCAAGCGGGGCAAGAAGGACAAGGACGGUGAAGAUGGCGAGGUUGGGGAUGAUGGUGCGGGCGAGGUUUUGGAGACUGUCGAGAGCCAGAGUCAGGAAGGCGGUAUCUGGGGACCGAGUCAGCAGCAUGGCCGGGCGACUCAAAGUCAGAGUCAGGGUCAGAGCCAGAGUCAGCCGGAGGAGGCUUGGGUUUAUUUGAGGUAG